AGGGUUUAUCAAAAAUCUAAAACCCUAGGAAUCAGACUCGGGGAAGAAGAAGAAGAGCAUGAAACUCUAGAGGCUAGAUCCAUGUCGAUUUUUCUGAGACGCGCAUUCUCCAAUCGAAACCUCCUUCUCCUCCGAAGCUCCUCGGGCCUCCAUGGCGGCGAGCUCCGUCAAGUGAUCAGCUGCUCUUCUAACAAUGCCAUGAGCUCCGAGACUCAUCACAGUACUCUCACUCUUUCGGCCGUUUAUUUCCUCAGAGAAUCUCGCAGAGGCUUCGCCAAAGGACGCAAAUCUAAGGAUGAUGAUGCUGCAAGCACUAUUGAAGUUUCCCCUGAUAUUGGACCCACUAUUAAGGCAAAUGCUGCCUCGCAGAUGGAGGCGGCACUAGGUGCAUUAUCAGGAGAGUUGACCAAACUAAGAACAGGAAGGGCAUCUCCAGGGAUGCUUGACCACAUUAUUGUAGAAAUUGAUGGUGUAAAGAUGCCCUUGAGUCACUUAGCUGUUGUUUCAGUCAUGGAUUCCAAAACAUUAUCCGUAAAUCCUUAUGAUCCAAAUACCUUAAAAAAAUUAGAGAGUGCCAUUGUUGCAUCUCCAUUAGGCUUAGCCCCCAAAGUAGAUGGUGAGCGGUUGAUUGCGGUUAUUCCAGCAUUGACGAAAGAGCAUAUACAGGCUGUGUGUAAGGUGGUUGCCAAGUCUUGCGAAGACGCCCGACAAAGUAUUAGAAGGGCUCGCCAGAAGGCAAUGGAUACAGUGAAGAAAUUGUAUUCACAUGCCCCUAAGGAUGAUAUAAAGAGAUUGGAGAAAGGAAUCGACGAGUUGACCAAAAAAUUUGUCAAGUCCGCAGAGGAUAUGUGCAAGGCGAAGGAGAAGGAGAUCACUGGAGGCUGAGUUCUGGAUUUCCUUUGCAGGAGUACGCAGACUUUUAAGAUCUCAAAUCAGUAAAAAGUCCUUUGAAUAUCAAAUAUUUGGUGAUCAAUUCCAUGAGUGAGAUUUUGUCA